AUCCCAUCCAUCCGUCCAGUAUUUUGUCCUCUCUCUCCUCACUUCUUUCAGUGCGUCUCAUUAUAAUACUCCCUACUCCUUGCAUUUACCCUCUCCCUUUCUCCCACCUUCCUACUCUCUCUCUCCUUCAAACUCUAUUUUACUCCACAUUAAAAUCCCUGCUAAACCCUUCACUCUCUCCCUUCAUCCUACCUUCCUCAUUCACUCACGCAUUUCAUCAAACACCUUUCAUUCUCAUUUAGCAACAAAAAAUGCCAACACCAGGUUCAAUCUUAAGGCAGUUAAGCGCAAAAGAAGGGUGGAAAUCAACCUCAAAAAGAUGGACAAACAACAACAAUAACAACAAUCAUAAAAGAAGAUACUCUUAUGGUGGAGGUGGUGAAAUGGGUUCAUGUUGGAAACAAAUGAAUGGGUUUAACAUGUAUGAUGCUAAUAACAUUAAUGGAGGUGGAAAUAUGAUGUCUCAAAAAAGAGUUAUGGUUGUUGUUGAUGAAACUUCUAGAUCUAAACAUGCUAUGAUGUGGGCACUUACUCAUGUUACUAAUAAGGGUGAUUGGCUUACUCUUCUUCAUAUUAUUUCUGAUUCUCACUCUUCUACUCCUACUCUUGCUAGUUCUCUUGGCUCCCUUUGCAAAGCUUGCAAACCUGAGGUGGAAGUUGAAGCAUUAGUGAUACAGGGUCCAAAACUAUCAACAGUAUUGAGCCAAGUGAAGAAGCUAGAGGCAUCAGUGCUAGUUCUAGGCCAGAAAAAACCAUCCCCAAUAAUGACUUGUUUAUUUGGUUUAAGUGACUCAGAGGAUUUUGUGGAGCAAUGCAUCAACAAUGCAGAGUGCUUAACAAUUGGAGUAAGAAAGCAGAGCAAAGGCAUGGGUGGUUACCUUGUUAGCACCAGAUGGCAGAAGAAUUUCUGGCUACUAGCUUAAAAAAAUACUGAACUUCUAUUCGUCGUCCGUCCAUAUGAAUGGAAUAAGUAAAAAAAAUUGAUGUGGGUUUGUAGAAAGAGAAAUUGGGAUAUAAAGAAACAUGUAGGAUUGUAGAAGGGAAUGAGAAUGUUAAUUAUUAUUGUUAGUAUUAAUUAAGUAGUGUUAUUUGGGACAAUUAGUGAGCAUUAUGUAAUUACUAAUUACUAAUUAAAUCAGUAGAUCUCUGUUUAUGAAAUGGAAAAAAAGUGUCAUCAUCAUGAUCACUUAUUUUGCCUAGAA